CACUUCGGGGGCGGCGACGCUGGAGAAAGAUGGCGGACGAAGCGGGUAGCAACGGAGACGCUUCAGCCUUGCCGGUGGGAAAGGAGGCAGUGGAUCGGAUGAUCAAAGAAAAUAGCCACAUCUUCACCGACACCCAGUGCAAAGUAUGUAGCGCGGUGCUCAUCUCUGAAUCUCAGAAGCUUGCUCAUUAUCAGAGUAAGAAGCAUGCAAACAAAGUUCGGAGAUACAUGGCUAUCCAUGUGGAAGAGGAAUUCAGUCAGAAUAAAAAAAUAAAGCUGGAAACAGAGCAGCAACAGAGCAGUAACGGUGAAGACAGGAACAAAUGCUGCCCCAUCUGUAACAUGACCUUUUCUUCACCUGUUGUGGCUAAUUCUCACUACUUAGGCAAGACUCAUGCCAAGAAUUUGAAACUGAAGCUGCACUCUCCUAAAACAGAAGUUUUACCCAUUCAGAAAGAGCCUAUUAAUCUUCUUCCCACUACCGCGUCCUCUAAUGAAGAGAAUCAAAACACUUCUGACCCAGACAAAUUCUGCAAUCUCUGCCAUGCUACAUUCAAUAAUCCACUGAUGGCAAAACAACACUAUGUCGGCAAGAAACACAAAAAGCAGGAAACCAAGCUUAAGCUGAUGGCACACUAUGGGAGAACUCCCGAGGAACCAGCUGUCUCCAAUGCUGGAAAGGGAUAUCCCUGCAAUGACUGUAACAUAGUACUGAAUUCUAUAGAGCAGUAUCAAGCUCACAUCAGUGGCUUCAAACACAAGAACCAGUCUGCAAGUUCUACUCUACCUGUGCUAAUAAUAAACGCCACCAGACCUCCACCUCCUCCAAGCAGAUUGAGCCCAGCCUGUGAGAUCAAGUAGGGAGGAGCUGCUUUUGGUCCCACGUUUCCGAGAUAUCAAGGGAGCCACAGCUUCUCCAUAGCUAUGCCAAUGCUACAGAAUGGCUCCCGACUGAAAUCAAAUUGGGCCCCUCCUUGAUAGGUUUUAGGAAGUUAUUAAAAAUGACUUUUUUUUUAAAUAGAACCCUUUUUUUGUCUCCUAUUUCAGUUUUGGUUUUUGCGAUUUGGACAGCUUGUUUUAAUUCCGUUGCUGUUUUUACUGUGAUAGUGUAACCAACGAAAGUCAGAAGAUUAUGGAUGGAUUAAAUUGAAUAAAGAAAGAAUAAAGUGACACACAGUAGUA